CAAGACAGAAGGAGAUCAGUGAGGAGCAAGCCACAGCCGGGGAUGUAGGCAGCCAGCAUCCGGGCGACUCUGAAUUUCAGCUGAUCGACUCCAUGGCCAAGCACCAGAGGAAGCGUUGAAGACAUUAUCCUCAGUGCAUGCUCUCAUUAGCUGCCGGAGGGAGCAGACUCCUCGUCCCUGCUGGAGCAGACAGCUGGCACAAGACACCACACCAAGGACUACAUAUGAGAACAUGGCCAGUACAGAUGAAGACCUGAUUGGUAUACCAUUCCCGAAUCACAGCAGCGAUAUCUUAUGUGGGCUAAACCAACAAAGGCAGGACGGCCUUCUCUGCGAUGUGAUCCUCAUCAUACAGGAUCAAGAGUACAGGACGCACAGGUCUGUGCUGGCAGCCUGCAGUCAAUAUUUUAAGAAACUCUUCACCACAGGCUCCAUGACUGACCAGCCUUACAUCUACGAGAUCGACUUCGUCAAGCCGGAUGCAUUCUCAGCCAUAUUAGAAUUCGCUUACACGUCCACGCUCACCAUCACCACGGCCAACGUUAAACACAUUCUGGACGCAGCUGAAAUGCUAGAGAUCCAAUGUAUCAUAAACGUGUGCCUGGAGAUCUUGGAGACGCCAAGGGACGGCGAGGAGGACGAUGAGGAGAAGGAAGAAGAUGACGAUGAAGAUGAUGACGAGGAAGAUGAGACCAAAGACUUUGUUGACCAGGAAAAUCACAUGGAUAUUCAGGCAACCAGCUUCAACCAAAGCGCCCCGGAGUCCGACGAACCUGAAGAAUCUUACCAUGAAACUCAGAAGGACCUGCCAACCCAUUACACUUCUACCAACAGUUCUUCUGGCCACCAAAGUGCCAUUAAAGACUUUUCUAUCAGGUCACUGUUGAGUGAAAACCCUUACCCAAAAAGCACAGCAGAGAAAAGGCCACCCAUUUCCCACUUUGUUCCUGGUUUCUUUCCCCAGCUGUGGAACGGUGAUCUGGUGAACUUCUCCCAAGUCCAAGAGCAGCCUGUGGACACCGGGCCUCUGGAUCUUGUGAUCAAAGACAGGAAAAUUAAAGAGGAGGAGGAGAAUGUAGAGAUCCCAGCUCUACCGUUUCCUACAGACUUCUUCAAGGAUAUGUUUCUGGAGCAUUCCGCCAAACAUUUUGGGCAGAUCAAGGCCGAAAUGGAUUAUAGUGCUUACCUCAGCUUUCUGAGUGCCGCACAUCUGGGCAUGUUUCCUUCGUGGCCUUUGGAAGAAGAAAGGAAGAUUAAGCCGAAGGCCUCCCAACAGUGUCCCAUAUGUCACAAGGUCAUCAUGGGAGCUGGGAAACUCCCGCGGCACAUGCGGACCCAUACAGGAGAGAAGCCUUAUAUGUGCAAUAUCUGCGAAGUUCGUUUUACCAGACAAGACAAGCUGAAGAUCCACAUGCGAAAACAUACAGGUGAGCGCCCUUAUCUGUGUAUCCACUGCAACGCCAAGUUCGUCCACAACUACGACCUGAAGAACCACAUGCGCAUCCACACCGGGAUCCGGCCCUACCAGUGCGAGUUCUGCUACAAGAGCUUUACCCGAUCGGAUCACCUCCAUCGCCACAUCAAGAGACAAAGUUGCCGAAUGUCCCGGCCCAGGAGAGGAAGGAAGCCCGCGGCUUGGAGAAAUUCCAGUCUAUUGUUUACGCACAACAACCGUGGAGGAGAGGAAGGUUUCACGGUGAUGUCUCCAAGUCUGGAGACCAACAGAGACCACGUUGUGGCUCCUGGGACCAUUGGUGUUCCAGGACCUAGCCAAAAACAUCUACUUGAGGAGCCCAGAAACCUCCUGAACUUAACAGACUUGGAAAAACAGUACGAGGACUCUCACAUGAAGCUACUGGAGAGGGCUCGCCUAGAAACAGACAGGAAUGGAGGACUGUACCAGUUUUCUCUGGGGGACAACCUUUCCCCAAGGCAGUUUUUCGAUCCUUGGAGUGUGACGUUGGCCCAUGCUCCCCUUUCUGAGACAAGCAGCUAAGAUCAAAGUUGUCUAUAUUGUUAAUAUGGUUGAAGGUGAACUUGUCAACUGCACAGAUUGGAGUUGGCCAUCUUGUGGAUGGAAACAAUAUUCAACUAGGGAUUGGUAAUAUGACAAUAGAAGGCAUGGUGGGUUUCAUGUGUAAAGUGGACCUCUCAUUUCUGAAGCAUCAAUUCAUCAAUCGGAAUGAAGC